UAUUUAGACGCUCGUUGUCAUUUGGCAGUGCAGGACUGUCCCACUUCAUUGAAUGAACUGUGUCUGUGAGUGUGUGUAUGGCGAAUAGAUGCGCUGUAGAACAUCGCGAACGAUGAACGCCGGUUUGACGCUGUUUACGGUAUCAUUAUGCUUUUUCGGUUUUAUUCAAGCCAAAUCCCCGAUGCAGUCCUGUCCCAGCGGACAGUUCUUACUAAAAAAUCAGUGCGUUCUCUGUCAUCCAACCUGCACGGAGUGUGAGGGUCAUGAGCUAUUCGAGUGCACCGCUUGUGGUUUAGAUGAGGAGGGGAAAGAGCGCUUUCUAUAUCAGGGUCACUGCAGACUACACUGUCCACGAGAGUUUUAUCCGGACCGAGACCAGUACACCUGCCUUCCAUGUAUGCCUAAUUGUGAGAUCUGUGCUGAUGCCAACGUGUGUGCCAAGUGCAGAGAAGGAUACAACCUUAAAAGUGGCAUCUGUCUGACAGUCCUGUGUGGAGUUGGUCAGGUUCAGGACCCGGAUACGCGAGAAUGUAUAGACUGUGGUAUCGGCUGUAAAACAUGUUCCACAGAUGAGCCGGAGGUUUGCAACAGCUGCACAGAUGGCUACUUCCUAUACAGACACCAGUGUCGUCAGCACUGUCCCCAGAGGACCUAUGAGGACCGGGGUAGAGGACUGUGUAUCAGCUGCCUGGAGCCAUGUGUGGACUGCCGGAGCGAUGCCAUGUGUCUCGCUUGCCAGAGCGGACACUUCCUGAACAAUGGCACCUGUGUGAAGGAGUGCCCAGCAGACACAUUUAAAGACACCAGAGGGUGGCGCUGUCAGCCUUGUCACAGCUCCUGUCUGACCUGCCAUGGCCCUGGAGUGAGAGACUGCAACAGAUGCAGUGGCUGGAGCCGCCCAGUUUACGGGAAGUGCCCGGUGAUCAGCUGCCCAGAAGGCCAAUAUGUUGAUGGGGAAAGUCGUACUUGUCGUUACUGUGAUGGAUCCUGUCUGACAUGUUACGGUCCCAAGGCUCAGAACUGCAUCGCCUGUGCUACCGGAUACAUGUUGGAGCAGGAGUCUGUCUGUGUAGACCGCUGUCCUCUGGGUUUCUUUGGAAACAGCUCAAGUCUGCUAUGUGAGAGGUGUUCUGCUAACUGUGAGGCCUGUGAGAGCAGAGACGAGUGUGUGAGCUGUAAGACGGACACUUACCAGCUUUAUCUGUUUCAAGGCAGCUGCUGGUCUGAGUGCCCAGAAGGUUAUUUUGAGACCGAGCUGGGGACAUGUGAACCCUGUGAUGAACUCUGUCUGACCUGCGAUGGCACAAGCACGCAGUGCCUUUCAUGUCGAGAAGGCCUUCAUCUGGCCAAUGGUCAGUGCCAGCAAAACUGCGGCCCCAUGAGCUACGCGGCAGAAGACGGCACAUGCAGACGCUGUGCUCCUCACUGUGACGUGUGCACCAAUUUUUACACCUGUGCUAGAUGCAGUUUCCUUUAUUUGCUCUUAAAUGGGGCAUGUAAGGCCAUCUGUCCCAAAGGUUACUUUGAAGAUUUGGAUCAGGGAGUCUGUGUGAGCUGCCAUCCCACCUGUGGCACCUGCUCUGGUCCUCUCUCUGACGACUGCGAGACCUGCUCUUCCCUUACCCCAAAACUCUACGAGGGCACGUGCUUGGAAGUGUGCCCAGCGGGCACUUAUUACCAGACCUCUGAUAAGGAAUGCCAGGAAUGUCACCAGACCUGUGCACGCUGUGAGGGUCCAGAGCCCACCCAGUGUCUCCAGUGUGAAAAGGGUCUCGUUCUUGAUCCCAACACCAUGAUGUGUGGGGUUACAGGGGAUUCAGACUGCCCACCCAGAACGUUCCUCCAAAACAACCAGUUCAUUUGCCAAGCGUGUCAUCCACUAUGCCAGUCCUGCGAGGGGCCGGGACCCACUGACUGUCAGACCUGCGCCCUGCCCAACUACCUCCACAAUGGUUCGUGCGUGAGCAAGUGUCCUGUGGGAACUUACAGUGCCCAUGAGGAGGCUGACGGGGUAGAUCUGGGUUUCUGUAUGCCCUGUGAUCAUGUGUGUGCCACCUGCACUGGGGCAUCUCCCAGGGACUGUCUGAGCUGUGCACCAGGCUACCUUCAUCUUCUCUCUCACCUCUGUGUUAGCCACUGUCCCACAGGGUAUUACAGCUCAGGGGAGCGCUGUGAGAAGUGUGACCCUUCCUGUGAGCAGUGCACAGGCCCAGGACCGGACACCUGCAGGGUGUGCACACCUCCUUUGUUGGACCUGCAGGGCACCAGACAGUGUGUGGAUCAGUGUCCGCAGCGCUUUUUUAAGAGCGGGCACAGCUGUAGACAGUGCCACACCAGCUGCAAGUCCUGCACAGAUAACACUCCUCAGGGUUGUGUGACGUGUGACUGGGGCAGCAUCCUGCAGGACGGCGUGUGUUACCCUCGCUGCGAGGAAAGUCAAUAUUACUCACAGAGUGGAGUUUGUGAACCCUGUGACGAGUCCUGUAAACAUUGUUUGAGUGCCGGGCCCCAAGGCUGUCUUACUUGUCAUCCAGGUUUUGCCCUACAUGCCACUGACAGUCAGUGUUUGCCCUGCUGCAAGUCUGGGCAGAAGGACAAGAAGUGUUGUCUCUGUGAUUCAGCCUCAGCAUUGUGUCUUGAGGCACCUGUACCAAGUAAAACUCAGGAUGACAUUAUUCUAAGGUCCCAAGCGGUACAGCACGCAUCUGCAGCCUUACCUGCUGCUCUGAUGCUAGCUGUAGUGCUCGCUCUAGUUGUGUUUGCUCUGGUACAGGCAAGGGCCAAAAAAAGGUUAUGCUGGAGACGGAGCUAUGAACGACUGAGCGGCGAGGCCAGCAAACAGCCCAGUUCCCGGCCUAUGCCCCACGGAGUACCAGAACCAGAGGACAGCGGAGACGAGGCGGAUGUGGUCUACACCAGCCGAGAUGGAUCUGUCUAUCGGCGCUACGGUUUCAUCCACGAGCCAGACACGGAAGAGGAGCAGGACGAGGAAGAAGCUACUGAGAAUAGACAUCUCAGCAGAACCUAAAAUAUGGUCACUAAAUAUUCAAAUUCUACUAAUUCUUUACACACACACUUCUGUGGUCAAAACUAGUGGUCGACUGAUAUUGAUUUUUUUGAUGCCUGAUGCCAAUGCCGACAUCUCAGCUGGUUGGCCACCGGCCGUAAUAAAGCUUAACUUUUCAGAAUUAAACAUAGUAAAACACAUGCUAAUUGCUCAAAUUAAUUUUUUAUUUAUUUAACGUAAUGUUUACUAAAUUAGAAAUAAAUAAUUUGAAAAUGAAUAUGGAAAAAAUAUAUAUUUUGAACUGCGAAAUAAACAGAUUCUUUAGAUUGCAACUUCAGCGAUAAAUGUGCACUUCACAAGAUUUCACAGCUGGAUUCACCAAAGUUUGUGAAAUUAAAUGUUUUUUAGAUUCAAAAACUUGAUUAAUUUACAUAAAUGUAAUUACAUAUAUUUAUAUUAUAUAAAUAUGUGUAUGUGGCAAUAUAUCGGUAAUUAUAUUGCUGAAUGCUGACAGUGCAAGAAAAAGCGUUUGCCUUUCUAUUACUAAUAAUAGAACAUUAUUAAAUUAUAAAAGCAAAAACUAUAUUAUUUUUUUGUAUACUGUUUACUUUGUUUAACAGCUGUCUAAUCAUUUCUUAGACAUAACUGUUAGACAGCAAACUAAUAAAGAUGGAAAUGGGAGCUCAGAUGCUCAGACGCUGGUGUUCUCAGCGCUUUCAAAAUAAAAGUCCCACAUGCUGCCAAAAAAGCCCUGCUUCCGAUAUAUCGGCCAAACAGAAAAAAUUAUCGGCCGAUGCAGAUCAUUAAAAAAUGCCAAAUGUUGGCCAAUAUAUCGGUCGACCACUAAAAACCCACUGGAUUGAAAGAUGGUAACAACAGACAACUCUGUGUAAUUAAAUGAUAGCAUCUUUUUUAUGUUUUUUUUUAUAUACAUUUAUUCCUAUAUACUGUAUAUAUUUAUCUGGAAUUUCAGAAUAUUCAUGCCAGCAUCUGUGUAGAUCACUGUUAUGUCAUUGUAAUAUAGCCCUCUCUGUAAUGUAAUGUUUGUUAAUGUUAUUAAUGAUGGGUACCAUACAGUGGUACCAAACAUUUUUGGGGUGAUUAAAAGGUGACAGUUUAUUUAGAGAUCCUAUUAUAUUUUCUUAGUAAAGAAUAUUCAAUUUAUUUCAGAAAAAGAUCAUU